CCAAGAGCUGUCUUCUGGACCAGGGCUUGAUCUGAUUAUGAGUGACCAGCGGGGCCAUGUGAACAGCCUCUUCCUGAAUGAGGAAUCAGCCAAGCGUCUCAGCUCCAACAGCCGGGUGCAGCACUUCCAACAGGCAGUGCAGGAGCGGGCAGCACGGGUCAAGAAGCGGAUGCACAGCAUCACCAAAGACAGCGCCAAGGGCUUCCUCAGGAGAAAUGCCUUCGUCCUCUUCACCAUCACUGCUGUCCUACUGGGGAUCAUUUUGGCCUUUGCCCUCCGACCCUACAAGAUGACCUAUCGCCAGAUCAAGUAUUUCUCCUUCCCAGGAGAGCUGCUGAUGCGGAUGCUUCAGAUGCUGGUUCUUCCCCUCAUUGUCUCCAGCCUGGUCACAGGCAUGGCCUCACUGGAUGGCAAAGCCUCUGGGAAGAUGGGGCUGCGGGCCGUAGUCUACUACAUGGUGACCACCAUCAUAGCGGUCUUCAUCGGCAUCCUCAUGGUGAUCAUCAUCCAUCCAGGCAAAGGGUCCAAGGACAAACUGCACCGGGAGGGCAAGAUUGAGCAGGUGCAAACAACUGAUGCCUUCAUGGACCUGGUCAGGAACAUGUUCCCGCCUAACCUAGUAGAAGCCUGCUUCAAACAGUACAAGACACAGUACAGCACCAGAGUCUUCACCAGAACCAUCCUCCACAGCAGCAAUGUCACAGCAGGGACCACUGCCAACUCACAGGCUUCCAUGCCCGAGAAUGUCACCGGCACCCUGGAGAACGUCACACGCACCCUUAGGAGCCUGCAGGAAGUGCUGAGCUUUGAGGAAACCAUCCCCAUCCCUGGCUCGGCCAAUGGGGUGAAUGCGCUGGGCCUGGUGGUGUUCUCCGUGUGCUUUGGCCUGGUGAUUGGCAGCAUGAAGCAGAAGGGACGGGCCCUGCAGGAGUUCUUCAACUGCCUCAACGAAGCCAUCAUGAGGCUGGUGGCCAUUAUCAUCUGGUACGCCCCAGUCGGGAUCCUAUUCUUAAUCGCUGGCAAGAUUCUGGAGAUGGACGACUUAGCAGUGAUGGGGGGCCAGCUGGGAAUGUACACGCUCACUGUCAUCGUGGGGCUGCUCAUACACUCCCUGUGUGUCCUGCCUUUGCUGUACUUCAUCGUCACCCACAAGAACCCGUGGGUGUUCAUCGCAGGCCUUCUGCAGGCCCUCAUCACCGCAUUGGGCACCUCUUCAAGCUCGGCCACGCUCCCCAUUACAUUCAGGUGCUUGGAAGAAAACAACGGGGUGGACAGGCGCAUCACCAGGUUCGUCCUGCCUGUAGGCGCGACCAUUAACAUGGAUGGCACGGCUCUAUAUGAGGCCCUGGCAGCCAUCUUCAUCGCACAAGUCAACAACUACGAGCUCGACUUCGGGCAAAUCAUCACAAUCAGCAUCACUGCCACUGCAGCCAGCAUUGGAGCGGCAGGCAUCCCCCAGGCAGGCCUGGUGACCAUGAUGAUUGUGCUGACAUCGGUGGGGCUGCCAACUGAGGACAUCACACUAAUCAUUGCGGUGGACUGGUUUCUGGACCGUCUGAGAACCACCACCAAUGUGCUGGGGGACUCCCUGGGAGCCGGGAUUGUGGAGCACCUGUCUCGGCAUGAACUGGACGCACAGGACAGCGAGCUUGGGAAUUCUGUGAUUGAGGAGAAUGAGAAGCCCUACCACCUGAUCUACCAGGCAAACACCCACAAGCACCGCAGCGAGACAAUCAUGUGACACCAGGGAGCAGGGUUCAGAUUGAGCCUUUAAAAAGGUCAAGACUGGAAGACAAAACUCUCAGCAGUGGGGGAUGGAAAAAGAGCCAACUUAAGCUACAGAGAAAACAAAGACUUAACCCUUUCCUUACCUAGAGAGUUGGAUGUUCAUUGUGACCCUCCUAUUAGAGAAGCAGGACUGAGAGGUCCUGGCUUCGUGGUCCACUGCCCCACCCUGGACUAGACUAGGAGUGGGAGGAUGAUAGUAUUUAGAUUAGUAACUGUUUCUUCUCUGCACAUUGAGGCAGAAAGCUGGAGCAGCCUCUGUCUCCCAUGUCUAGACAUUGUCUGAGGCACCAUGUGUUUCAUUAGCGUCUUUCUUCACAUUUGUCUCUGCCUUUCUUUGUACACUUGGCAUGUGAAGGGUUAAGAACCAAGACAAUAGGCAGCAACUGGCUCCCAGAAUUAGUUGGUAUUUUGCAGUAACCAACUGGGAUCUGGUUGCUUCCAUGGUACGUCCCUAUCACUAUACAGCAGCAUUUUUCUUGUGAAGUCCUGGCUUUCUAGUUUCUAUUGUGAUCCAGGAAUCAGACCUGAGUAUGUUACAUUCAAAGGCAGAGUUGGCCUAGCAACUCCCCUGGUUCUCAGCUAAAGCACUACCCAACCAAUAACUGGAGCUAGAUUAGUGAUUUGAUUGUCACUGUGGCUGCAUAGAAGCAUUGUCACACAAUUCUUAAUGGCUUGUCCUUUUGCAGAGAUGCAGAGCCAAACAGCUGGUCAGGCUCCAUGGGUCUGAGGAUCACCACUGGGAACCCCGUUUAUGUUAGCAAGGGGCACACAAGGAAUCAGUGGGGAGUCCCCAGAAGAACUCCAACUUCUCAAGUGGCAAUUAUAUUGAUAUUUAGAUCAGAAUAGCAGCAGUGACAUCAUAGCAGCCUGGGGUUCCUGAGGGCUUGUCUCAUGCAGUAUCCUGGCAACCUUGUUACAGGCAACUCUCGGGGCUGCAUGGCUUUCAAGGGGCUGGGAGACUGUGGAUAAUAUGGACAUUCUGACUUUUCUUUUACUCUUUAGUUUGGGACAAAAUAUCAUUACCUGUGAAUAUGGGCUAGGCUGGCAGAACCAGGAAGGGGUUGAAUGACUUCUGUUCAUCUGAAAAGCUGCUAGAGGUGGGCACACGAACACAGACAAAGACUUGAUUGACAUUGGUUAAAGCAUCUAGCAGUCUGUAGGUACUCCAGGUUCUUGUGGCCCAUCAGGACUUGGAUGGGAAAUCAGGCUCUUUCUAGGGGGUCGUGCCACUCCUUGAAAGUUGCCUUGAUAGCCAAUAGCUCCUUGUUCUGACUAUCAUAGCUUUUUUCUGCCAGGGUUAGCUUCUGUGAAUAAAAGGCACAAGGGUGGAGUAGAGGUGGGGGGCUUGUUGACCUAUGGCCUCGAUUGUAAAUGGUUUAAUGGAAUCUGGGUGAAUCAGGAUGAGUGCUGAGGUGAACUUCUGUCGAUCAAAGGCCCACUGAGCCUCUGCACCAGACAAACCGGGGCUCCCUUUUACAUGAGCACCAUUAACCAUGCCGCCAGGCUAGAGAAUCCUUUAAUAAAUUGCCUGUAGAAACUGGCAAACCCCAGGAAUUGCUGCAUCCUGCUACCUGCUUAGGCAUGGCCCAGUUGGAUAUUGCUGCCACCUGACAUGGGUCCAUGGUGAGUCUCUCGUGCAAGACGAUAUAUCCCAAGAAUUCCACUGUGUCUUUAUGGAACUCAGUUGUUCUCCACGCUGGAGAGGCAGGGCCAGACCUGAUCAAUUUGCAUGGGUUUGGGCACUGGAGAAAGGACC